AGACUAGUGAACGUCUUUUCUGUAUCAGAAUUGAAUUGCAUACACUUGUUCUUUAAUGGCAUUACCCUCUUCCUCGUCCGCCUCUUCUUCUUCCCCUCUUAAAUACUCUUACGAUGUAUUUCUGAGUUUUAGAGGAAUAGAUACUCGCAAUACUUUUACUGCCUUUCUAUAUCCUGCUCUACAAGAUAGGGGAAUCAAAACCUACAUAGAUGAUAAAGAUCUUGAAAGAGGAGAGACAAUUUCACCUACACUUCUCCAAGCUAUUGAGGAGUCAAUAAUUUCUAUCAUUGUAUUAUCUCCAAAUUAUGCAUCAUCUGCAUGGUGUUUGGAGGAGCUAGCCAAGAUCCUUGAGUGUAAGAAAACAAAACAACAAAUUAUUUUACCAAUAUUUUACCAUGUGGAUCCAUCAGAUAUACGAAAUUUGAGAGGAGGUUUUGGAGAAGCAUUGGCUAAACAUCAGGAGAGGUUCAAGGAGGACCCGAAAGUACAGAGGUGGAAGGAAAGCCUGCAAGAGGUUGCCAGUUUGGCUGGAGAACAUUUGGAACACGGGAAUGAAUAUGAAUUUAUGCAUAAAAUCAUUCAAUGGGUGGACUCGACAAUAGAUAUUAAAACUGUAUCCCAAUUAGACAUUGCUGAGUAUCCAAUUGGACUAGAUUCUCCUCUAAAUGACUUGAAUACUAAGUUAGAAAUUGGAAGGAAUGACAUUACUCUCAUGAUAGGGAUUUACGGAACUGGUGGAAUUGGUAAAACAACUCUCGCCAAAGCAGUCUUUAACUCAAUUGGACAUCAAUUUGAAGCUAGAUGUUUUCUAGCAAAUGUUAGAGAGAUUUCAAGUCGAGAGGAGGGUCUGGUCAAAUUGCAAGAGAAACUUCUUUAUGAUCUCUUAGGAAACUUUGGAAGUUUUAAUAUUGGCCGUCAUGUUGGAGGUACUAAUGUUAUAAAGCAUAGGCUUUCCUCUAAAAGGGUACUUAUAAUUCUUGAUGAUGUGAAUGAGGUGCGCCAAUUAAAAGAACUAGCUGGAAAUCAUAAUUGGUUCGGUCCAGGAAGUAGAAUAGUAGUAACAACAAGAGAUGAACGUCCAUUAACUUCUCAUAAAGUUGAUUCAACGUACGAAGUGCAGGGAUUGGACAACAACCAAGCUAUUCAGCUAUUUAGUUGGCAUGCAUUUGAAAGACACAAUCCAAAUGAAAGUUAUGUAGAACUCACAAAAGCUAUAAUAAGUUAUGCUAAGGGCCUUCCACUAGCUCUUAGAGUGCUUGGUUCAGAUUUGCGUAAUAGAAGUAUACAAGAAUGGAAAAGUGCAUUGGAAAAGUAUGAAAGAAGUCCUCACAAGGAUAUUUAUGAAAUUCUUAAAAUAAGUUAUGACGGGCUGGAUGGUGAAGAAAAGGUUAUUUUUCUUGACAUUGCAUGUUUCUUCAAGGGGAAAUAUGUUGAAGAUGUCACGAGAAUGCUAGAUCAUUGUCAUUUUUCAUCAUCUAUUUUCAUUGCAAGGCUUAAAGAGAAGUGUCUCAUCAAUAUUAAUCGUUCUCAACAUGUGGAGAUGCAUGACUUAUUACAAGAAAUGGGUAAAGAAAUUGUUCGACAAGAAUCGCCUAAAGAAGCUGGCAAGCGUAGUAGAUUGUGGUUUCAUGAAGAUGUUCGCCAUGUAUUUGAAGAAAAUACGGGAACAGACAGCAUUGAAGCGAUUUUGUUAGAUAUUCCUGAAGGCCAUGAUCACAUGAUACGCUUGAAUUCCAAGGCAUUUAAGAAGAUGAAGAAUCUUUUAAUGUUUAUAAACCGGAAUGCACAAUUUUCUGGAGGACCACCGAAUUAUCUCUCUAAUGAGAUAAGAGUGCUUAAUUGGUCUCAAUAUCCUUGGUCAGUUUUGCCUUCUAAUUUUCAUGGAAAUAAGCUCGUUGAAUUUCAAAUGCAUAACAGCCUCAUCAAGGAGUUAGGCGGCCUAAAAUCCAAGAACUUGACAGUUAUGGAUUUAACGCUUUGUAUGUUCUUAACAAAAAUUCCUGAUCUUUCAAGUAGCCCAAAUUUAGAGAUCUUGGAUCUUGAUGGUUGUGAGAACUUAGUUGAGGUUCAUGAUUCCGUUGGAUUCCUUGAUAAGCUUUGGAGUUUUUCUGUUGACGGAUGCUUCAAGCUUAGGAUUUUGCCGAAAAGAUUCAAGUUGAGAUCUCUACGUUCAUUUCUUCUUAGAGAUUGCUCUAGUCUUGAAGACUUUCCAGAGAUUGAGUGUGGAAUGGAAUCUUCACUAUUGUUAAAUCUUCGUGGCACUAGCAUAAAAGAACUACCUUCAUCAAUUGAGAACCUCAAAGGACUUGAAGUGUUAAUUCUAGGAGGCUGCUUUGAUCAGUUGCAAAGUCUACCGUGUAUUGUCAAAGUCGACGGUUAUUCACAAGUACCAAUACACAUUAGACAGGUGGAAGAGGAUGGUACACACUCCACGCCAUCUAUUGUGUCUACAAGCGAAGAAUGUGAAAUUGCAGAAUUGACUCCGACAAAUUCAAUCAUUUUUAAUGAUGCUGGUUCCUCCUCAAGCACGAUAAUUUGGAAAUCGCUAGUUAAAUUACUUCUUUAUUCCUGUUGCCUGUCAGAAUCAAAUUUCUUCACAAAUGGUAACAAUUACUUUCCCGCUUUGGAAGAGUUAGAUCUAAGUGGGAGUGAUAUUGUUAUCUUUCCACCUAAAAGCGUCAGAUUUGAUCGGUUGGAAUACCUUUAUUUGGACUAUUGCAAAAAACUUGAAGAAGUUUUACCUCUUCCAUUGAGUAUACAAUGGGUUAACGCUAGUGAAUGCACGUCAUUGAAAAGUUUUGCACUACCAUCUGAAAUACUUAUUAAAAACAAUGGAACUAAUUUUUCCAAGUACUCCCUAAGUAUUGAAUUGUUCAGAUGCCAUAAACUGGUUGAGAAUAUGUGGCCGAUUCCUUCAUGGGAAGAUCAGAUACAUUCUAAGGAACAAAAUUGGGCACACCACUUUAAAGAUAGAUAUAUUUGCAUUAUAUUUCCAGGAAAGAGGAUUCCAAGCUGGUUCAUCUAUCGCAAGGAGGCCCAUGAUGGUAAUCUGUGUACAAUAGAUGUUGAUCCACCACAUCAUUGGAAUCACAUAGUUUUCUAUGUUGUUUUCGGACUUAGAGUUGGGAUCACUAACCCAGAACCGAAGAGGGGUUCUUUUACGCUUAAAAUCAUUUAUGGCUUGGAUCCAGAGAACGUAUUUUUUCGUAAAGAAUAUAUCGAAUAUUCUUUAACGGUCUCAGAUCAUGUAUUGAUGUGCUGGACGAGUUACAACAGACCCAAUAAACAAGUCAUUUCAAGGUUUAGAUUUGAAUGUGAGUCAGAGCUCCUGGUCUUUAGAAGGGUUGGGAUCCAUUUGCCUAACAGUUUUUCAAGUGUUGAAGAUGCUUCAGUUUCCCAUCCUUACUAGUUGAAGCUUGUAAAGCUCACUCCAUUAAUCAUGACUCUCAAGAUUCAAUGGAAGAUGCCGAAAGCUAUAACCUGAAAAAUGAUUGUCUGUAUCGGGUUCUCGGCGCCGUUGCAUCAACUCCUCUUGCAGUGCAUCAGUUUCAAUUGUUGAAGAUGCAACAAUUUCCCCUCUCUACUGUUGCUUCUGAGUUGGCAUUCAACAUUAAGGGGUCGUGUGUUAGUGUUAGAUUCAUUUGGAAGCUCCUAGGCCCCAAAAACAGUUGAAACUCUUAUUUGCACACAAAAUUGGUUGAAAGCUCCCUCCAUUAAUCAUGACUCCCAAGACUUAAUGGAAGAUGCCGAAAGCUAUAAGCUGGAAAAUGGGAUAACUUUGAAUAAUGUUUUGAAUAUGGACGGUUGAAGAAUACGAGGGAUAUGAUUCAAUUCCAGCAGAGGUUCCUAACCCAAAAGCCAAAAGGGUUAGUUUAGCUUAAGAAGCCAUAGCAUAAGCAAGGCCAUGUGUAUGAAUUGCUGCUUGGCUUUAAUAAUGUUGACAAAACUGGGCACCUUUUGGAUCUUAGUUUGCAAUCCAAAAGGUUGCUUUAUUUUAAUUUAUUCUCCUUGUUUCCAUUUCUUUUUCUUUUUUUUUGUUGACUUUUGCUAUUUUGUGACAUGAUACCUUUGAAAAGCAUUAAAACUAAUAUUAAAGAAGAUGAAAACAUCUCACAAUUCUUUUCCAUUAUAAGCCUGAUCAUUGGGAUGAAGAAGAGGAUGGAAUAUGGAAACCCUCCAAGGUACCUAAUCCACAUAUAAAGGACCAUGGAAGCACAUGAAAAUUAAGAACCCCAAUUAUACAGGGAAAUGGAAGACUCCUUGGAUUGAUAAUCCAGAUACAAGAACCAUUGAAGGACCCAUAAUAAUUGAUAAGAACUGUGAAAAUAUUCAAUAUAUGGCACCAAACAUAUAUUGUUGUGGAGCAGGAACUGCUGCCGAUACAGAGGCAAUCACAGGUCAGUUCACAACUGCGACUGCAUCGCUACCAUACUGGUCAAGAAUCAAGGUUGUCAUAGCACUCACUCACCCUCAUGAGCAAUCACCGCUUUCAAGUGAAGUUUCAUUUGUUGCAAACCAAGAAAUGAAAUUUGCAUUUGAGUUGAUGUUACUGGACCUCAUCUGCAUACUGAGGAAGAAUGACCAGAUCAUGUAUCAAGUCAUGUCAGAAGUUUUGUAGAAACAACAUUUUGGUUGUUUUCCUUUUGUGUAUAUAUUAGAACAAAUUUGUCGGGUUUGGUUUAUUAAAGAUCUUUGCUUAUUUGUUUUUGGAUUUUCUUAAAUUUCUUUCAAGAAUUCUGUUUUUGGAUAUAUUGAAUACAUUAUGAUUGUUCAUAAUGCGUCUUAACUAAAA